CAGGCCGAUCAACUGACAGAGGAGCAGAUUGCAGAAUUCAAAGAAGCCUUCUCACUAUUUGAUAAGGAUGGUGAUGGCACUAUUACAACAAAGGAGCUGGGCACUGUGAUGAGGUCGCUUGGGCAGAACCCAACAGAAGCAGAGCUGCAGGACAUGAUCAAUGAAGUAGAUGCAGAUGGUAAUGGAACAAUUGAUUUUCCUGAAUUCUUGACUAUGAUGGCAAGGAAAAUGAAGGACACAGACAGUGAAGAGGAAAUCAGAGAAGCAUUCCGUGUUUUUGACAAGGAUGGUAAUGGCUACAUUAGUGCUGCUGAGCUCCGUCAUGUUAUGACAAAUCUCGGUGAGAAGUUAACGGAUGAAGAGGUUGAUGAAAUGAUCAGGGAAGCAGAUAUUGAUGGAGAUGGUCAAGUAAAUUACGAAGAGUUUGUACAAAUGAUGACGGCAAAGUGA